AUGUCACACCCUGCAGAUUAUCGUAACCCUCAAAUAUCCUCCCCUCUCAGUUCUGCCGUUUCCAUAUCCGCCAUGUCCGAGAGUGAAUGGUCUACACUGGAAGAUCUCAAUGACCGUCCUUCGUCGUCCAAGCAGCACAGCCUACCCACUUCUACUACUCCUCCUGUCUCUCAAAUUGAAAAAUCCUCAAAUAAAUCUCUCCAAAUUAUCGCUCUACAACAAGGAGUCUUAUCUCUCUAUGAAGGUCUCAACUCUAUCCUAUCAGCCAACGGUUUAUCUUUAUCCACUUUAGCCUCUUCUUCCAACUCCUUCACUCCUUCAAAUGACCCGACUCCUUCACUCACAUCUCCUCAACCCUCAAACAACCUAUCCAAACACCUACUCAAUGACAAGAUCCGAGAGAAAUCCGCGGACUGGUUGUUACAUACCAACACCAUACUCAACAGUCAUAUUGAGCGUCUACAACAAAAAUUAGAAGCUUCCCGUACCGCCCAUUUAACGACCAUUCGUCAAUUAAGAGAAGAACGUCUUCGUAAAACACCCCGACAUGGUGGAAUGAAUAUAAAUAGAGUAGCACGUCUAGCGGCUAGGUUAGCAAGUGAAGAAAUGAGUGCUAUGGAAGUAGCUACGGAAUUAUUAGAUGAAGUUGAUCGUGCUGAAAAUUGGAACGCUCAACAACAAUCUUCUUCUACAUCUUUAUCUAAAAUUGAAACAUCUUCUCAAUCUCAACCUGAACCUUCCUUCUUUGCACCCUCCCCCUCUGUAUCAAGUCAAGUGAAAACGGGUAUCAGUCCGAUGAUCGAAACUUUUGUUCCUAGGAGUGUUAAGAAAUCAAAGAAACAAAAACGAUUAGAGAAAUCGAAGAUGUACGUUCCCGGUGUUCUCAGUGGGAUAAGGAAACCAGAUGAGAAAACGGUGAAAGAAACGGAACAGGAGAAACAAGAGAAGGAAGAUAUGAAGUUGAUAUUGAAUCUGGAAGAAAGACAAAGAGGUAUAUCGACGGAUAAUGAUGGGAUGGGUUUAGGGGAACCUCCGACGGAAAGGUUGAUGAAUCUUGAAGGGGUUAUGGAUGUUGCUUUGGGUAGAAUCGGGAGUUUAGAAUUGCAACUUGGGGAAAUAAGGAGUAAGGUGGAAUUGGAGGGUGGAGAAACGCCAAGAAUAGGAUCGACGGAUGUUACGAUGGAUGAUGAGGAUAUUUCUUUGGUUGACUCAGAUAACGAGGGAGAUGUAGAAGGGGAUUUGGUAGAUGUCUCGAGCAAAAUUUGA